UUACUUUAUAACUAGUGUUUUAAAAACUGAGUUUAACAUUUUCCAACCCUUGAUAUUUCGGAGAUGUAUGGAUCCUCCCAUACACACUUCAGUAGUGUCUGAGGAUCUCGACGCGCUGCUGAUUUAAGUUUCACACAGAUAAACAUGAUAGUCUGGAUGGUGAUUGUAGCUGUGGUUUUUCUCGCCCUUUUAUUCCGCCAUCCGCACUUUUUCCAGGAUGUCCAAUACGUGCGGGAUAAAAUACAAGCGAGGCGUCGUGUCUUAAAAUACAAGCAGACUAAUUACUCCAUCCUGGACCGGUUUUUAGAAGUGGUGAAGGCGCAGCCACACAAGCCGUUCAUCCUUUUUAACGGUGAAACUUUCACCUACCAGGAUGCGGAUGAGCUCAGUAACAAAGCUGCACGAGUUUUUCUGCACAAUGGACUUGUUAAAGAAGGAGACACGGUUGCGCUGUUCCUCAGAAAUGAGCCGAUGUUCCUGUGGUUGUGGUUAGGUUUGGUAAAGAUCGGAUGUAACGCUGCUUUUCUCAACUACAACAUCCGAUCCAAGUCCCUGUUCCACUGCUUCAGCAGAAGCGGAGCCAAGACUCUGGUGGCAGCUGAAGAGUUACACAAUGCUGUAGAGGAGCUUCUGCCCAGUCUGCUGGAGCAGCAGGUCACGGUUUUCAUCCUGGCUGACCGAUGCAGAACUGCAAAUAUGGAGAGCUUCAAAGACAAAAUGAGCCAGGCCUCCUCUAAGCCUCUGUCCAAUGAUUUAAGGUCCCAUUUAACCUUACAGAGUCCUGCAGCCUACAUAUAUACAUCAGGGACAACAGGUCUCCCUAAAGCAGCAAUAAUCUCUCAUGCCAAACUGUGGACCCUAGCUUGCAGUAUGUCUAUGGCAGGAGUGACCUCCCAAGAUGUGCUUUUUAUUAGUCUCCCUCUCUAUCACACCACGGGUUUCCUCGGAUUCAUUUCGGUCAUUGAGAGGGGUAACACAUUGGCUUUGAGGAGUAAAUUUUCUGCAUCUCAGUUCUGGGACGACUGCAGAAAAUAUAACGUCACGGUCAUAAUGUUUAUAGGUGAAAUGAUGCGUUACCUCUGCAACACACCAAAAAAACCUAAUGAUCAAAGCCACAAAGUGAGACUUGCGAUAGGCAGCGGGUUAAGAGCCGAUGUUUGGAGGUACUUCAUAAGCAGGUUUGGGAACGUUCAAAUCAAAGAGUUUUAUGGAGCAACUGAAGGGAAUUUUUCUCUGCUGAAUUACACCGGCAAGAUUGGAGCUGUUGGCCGAGACACCUUCCUCAACAAAUGGGUUUUUCCAUAUGCUGUGAUCAAAUUCGACGCAGAAAAAGGAACACCUCUGAGGGAUUCUUCUGGUCUCUGCAUAGAGGCUGCCAAAGGUGAACCUGGACUUCUGGUAUCUGAAAUAUCAACAAGGGCUCCUUUCGCUGGAUACGUGAGAGACCUGCAGCAAAAUGAGAAGAAGAGGCUGCAUGACGUCUUCAAGAAAGGAGACUUGUACUUCAACACUGGUGACCUGCUGUGCAUUGAUGAAGAUAAUUUCAUUUACUUUAAGGAUCGAGUCGGAGACACUUUCAGAUGGAAAGGCGAGAACGUGGCUACAACUGAAGUGGCUGACAUCAUCACACUGCUUGACUGCAUCAAAGAAGCCAACGUUUAUGGAGUCGAAGUGCCAGGUCAGGAGGGGAGAGCUGGAAUGGCUACCGUCACUUUAAGUGAAACGCAGAGAUUUGACCCUGCAGAUGUUUUUAAACAUGUUGUAAGCUUCCUGCCGGCCUACGCAAGGCCAUGUUUUCUUAGGAUUCAGAGCUCCUUGGACGUUACAAGCACGUUCAAGCAUAUGAAGGUGAAGCUGGCGGAGGAGGGUUUCAACCCAAAUCAAAUAACCGACCCGCUCUACUUUCUGGAUGAAAAAAACAAAAAUUACGUCCAGCUUACGGUGGACAUAUUCAACUCAGUUACAUCAGGAAAGAUCAGAAUUUAAAGUGGCUUUUGUUGCCUAUCCUGCUUGCACUGUAAAACAUCAGCCACCUGUGAUGUUCAGUACAUUUAAGGAGUUGUUUUGUGAUGAAGUCUUGUAAUUUUAUCUUCAUCUGUUUACUUUUUUGUACUUCUACUUCAGCAGUAAUUUAAUGUGCACUGAGAUUUUAGAGAAAAUCCUGCACACUGACUAUUACGCAAGCAAUAAUUUAUUUAGAAGAAAAAUACAAUGUUUCGGUCUCAGACCUUCAUCAGGUAAAUGUGCACUGAGAUGUAAUAGCUUCACUUAGAGCAAGAAAGCAAGUUUUUUUCUAGUAGAGAAAACUGACAGCUGUACGCUCCUUAUUCAAACAGUGAGGUGUCACUUCUUACCAUUCUGAUCUAUUGAGGCUAUUGUGAUUAUGGUUGUUGAAUGUUUGUUGGCAAGUCCCUUCCCUUUCUUUGGAGCUUAAGGAUUUUAGGAUAAUAAUUUAGAUUUAGAAUGAUUAUUUUAGAUUUCUUUUUUUUUUCUGGUCCUUGUUAUAUAUAAUUUCAACUCCUGGCCUUUAUUUGUGCUCUACAUAGUUUUAAACAAUGAUUUGAAAAUUGAUUUUAUUUUUAACUGGUUAUGAAACUCAAUUUAAUUCGGAUGCCUCUUUAUGACUUACAUAAGCAAAUGAGACCAUCAGUGAGAAGAUUGCCUAUUUUUUAUAUGUUAUUCUUAAUGCCUGUCUUAAAAUAAUCACAUGACUGGUUUGUCACAUAAUGGGUGACGUGUAACAACCUGUUUCCUCCUUCCUACCUUUUAAAUAAAUCUUCAUCUGGGUUCUUUUAAAGCACAGCAAAGUCUUUCUGAUC